GAGGUUGUUCUUUGAACAAAAUCCACCCCCGUGGAUGGGGAAAACUGGAACAUUCCGAGCUACCUGUAUGGACAUGUGUUAAAGGAGGACCGACUCUCACCACGUGACUGAUCAGACGCCGGUUGGUAGAGCGGUGAUGACAAACCUCUCAGGUUUUAAGUAGAGGAGCUGUCUGACUCUGUCGGUUACGUAGCAUCAUUCCACAGAGGCAGCAUCUUCUCCCGCAGCGCCGUUCCUUCCUUCCUUCCUUCCUCCUCCAGGCUUAGCCUCCGCCGUCCCGUCAUCCUUCUGUGUUUUUGGAGCUCAUCGUUGGGAGUUGUGGAUGGGUCGGCCGGCUGCGGCAGUCUUCGCGGUGCUGCUGGCCGCGGUCCUCGCAUGCGCGCCGGGGAGAAGCCAGCAGCUCACUGACCGGCCUAUCAUCGGCGUGUUGGCUCAGGAGAAUCUUCCAAAGGAUGCGUUUGCUCGGGGCUCCUCCUACAUCGCCGCUUCAUAUGUCAAAUUCCUGGAGAGUGCAGGAGCCCGUGUUGCACCCAUACGAAUUAACUUAACAGAUGAAGAAUAUACUAAGCUUUUCCAAUCAAUAAAUGGGCUUCUGCUGCCAGGAGGAGAUGUAGAUAUUCAGAAGUCACAGUUCAGUCGAGUUUCCAAGAUCUUCUACAGCAUGGCUAUAAGGGCCAAUGAUGCUGGAGACUACUUUCCUAUCUGGGGAACUUGCCAAGGUUUCCAGCAGCUCACCGUCCUUACAGCCAAUAAAAAUCUGCUUACUCUGACUGACACCAAAGCCGUGGCUCUGCCUCUCAAAUUCACAACAGCAGCCAAGUCCAGCCGAUUGUUCCGGAGUUUUCCCAAAGACCUGUUGCAGUCUCUGGCUAAUGAAAACAUCACUUCCAACUUCCACAGCUGGAGUCUUUCAGUUCAGAACUACAGCAAGAACGCCAAGCUGAAGCGGUUUUACCGGGUCCUGUCAAUAAACAGUGAUGGGAGGAAAGAGUUCAUCUCCACCAUGGAAGCCAACCGUUACCCAUUUUAUGCCGUUCAGUGGCAUCCAGAGAAAAGCACCUUCGAGUGGAUUGAUAAGCCCGGCAUGGUUCACUCCUUCGCCGCCAUAAGAACCAGUUUCUACACGGCUAGCUUCUUUGUAUCUGAAGCUAAGAAGAACCAGCACCAUUUUUCCAGCACGGCUGAGGAAGAAAAAGCUCUUAUUUACAACUUUUUGCCUGUCUUCAGAGGCACCGACAGCAUCUUUGUGCAGAACUAUUACUUUGAUUAAUGAACUGGGUUGAAGCUAAAACAGACCUUUGCUCAGUUAUUCUGGAGACAAACAAACAAAAGUAAAACUUUUGUUUUUUCAAAGGCAACAGAAUGUAAUAGUUAACACUGGAGAACAAAAAAUUCAAAGUGUGGUAGAAAAACAAACACUUUACUUUUUUUAACCAUUAUUAUGAAUGUAUGCUCUAAAUAUGGACAACUGUGAGCUAGAAGAGUCAUACUUAAGAUUUUAAAAGAACAGAAUUUAUGAGAAAAUUUACAAAUUCUUCUGUUUCAACUUUUUAAUAGAUUCAAAACUGUUUGAUACAGAAGACGACAGCGGUCACUUAUCCUUUUUUUUUCUUUCAUUAUGACUUAACUCAUAAAAUAACAAAAACUGAGAACGCAAUAAAACUACAGAUCAUUAUCAAGAAGCUUGUUAUCAAGCUGGUUGUCCUGCAAUCCAAAAUAGAUUUUCAUUGGAAAUUAAUUACCCAGAAUACCCCAAAUUACCCAGUUGCUCAUUUUCUAAAGAUUUUGAAGACAACAGUUGUUAUCUUUUAUUAAUAAAUCUUUAUAAGAAUUGGGUCAGGAUGGAUAAAGAUUUAUUGGAGAGUCUCAAAAUAAUUUCAGUAGAUACGACCGACCAUUCUCAUCUUCUGAAGUUAAGUUCUCCUGCACAACAUUUUAGUUUUACUUUCUAGAUAACUUUGGAAAAGUCUGGGACCCAAAAUGGUGAAAAUGUGAUUCUGUUCUUUUCCUGAAAUUUUACAGCUCGGGGGGAAAAUGUAACAGUUUUGCCCCCUGAAGCACCCAUGUUUGUAAAAGAUUGCACCUUUAAUAGCUCUCCUAGUAGAAACUUUAUAGAAUAGAGACAUUUACAGCAUUCUUUUUUAAUCUUUUUAAAAAACAAUUCUGAGGAAGGAUAAAAACUGUGAUGUAAAAUGUUUGGAUUUUUUUUUUGUCAACCUCUUUCCAUUAGCUUUUGUCUGAUUAUAUAAAAUUAUACUUUUCUUAAAGAGAUUUAGGAAUUAAGGGAGUUGAGUCUUACAAAUGAUUCAUGUGAACAGGACUGUUAAUAUUUCAGAAGGAAAACAACAUUUUUUUUAGGUUUAAAGUUGAAACCAGAAGUUUACAUACACCACAUAAAAACACACACAUGCUUUUUUUUCUCACCGUAAAAAAAUAAAAUAUAUUUUCCCGUCGUAGGUCAAUACAAAUUUAUAAAAUUAUUUCUAUUUGAUAAAUGUGAGAAUGAUGAGAUGAGGUUUUUUUCUAGAUAAGAACAAAGAGAAUGCAUUGCCAGUCAAAAGUCUUGGCACCAAAACGCCUGUAAAAUGAUUAUUGUUUUUUUUCUUUUGUUUUUGCGCCGUUGGAUGUGUGGCAUUAUUCCAUUCAGUAGCUCCUUCUCUUAUGUGGGACUACAAACAUGGCUGCAUAAUCAUUUGUCUGUGUCCCUCCUGUAGUGUUGUGUUUGUCUGAAAAUUAAAUGGAAUCUCAAAACGCUAAAAAUUACAUUAAAAUGCACAUUUUAUCUAUGUUUCUUAGAGGUUUAACUGAUAUCUUUUCUUCAAAUGUACAACUUAAAGUGUUUUAUUGCACAAUUUGAGCCUUGUUCAUUUUUAUAGCCAAAGAAAGUGUACCAAAGUCAACUGAAUGUGUCUGCAUCCUUUUCCUAAAACUGUCCAGAGCUUUCUGUAUCCAACAUGCAUUUGUUCAUGGCAGCUCAGUGAGUUCAAAUGCAUUAAACCAAUGAAUGUGCAAGGGACGGUGUCGUUUCUGAAAACUCAAAUGAUAUAAUAAAGGAAUUGAAUUUA